UCCCGAAAACAAAGAAGAAAUAAAAGAUAGGGAAAGCGGAAGGCAAGAGACGGGCGGAAACCCUAGAGAGAGUUCCAUUUCCGGACCAUAUGGAGGAAGACGAUGAUCCCUACGCGUCAAUCCUGGAAAUCUGCAGGCCCACCAGACCCUCUUCUUUCCAAACCACAACUACUAACACCACCCCACUUAUGAUUGAUACUAGUUCUACUGCUGCUAUCUUCACCCCUCUGUCUAUGCGCUUCAUCGACCACUCGCUGGAUGCCGACGGCACCAUUAUUCCCCCUGAAUCCAUCGGCCCCUACCUCCUCGACCUCCUCUCCCAAAACGACGACGACCUCAACGACAAAAGUAUCACCAACACCAACACCAACACCAACACCAACACCAACAACGACGACAACUGCAUCAUCGAUGGCCAAAGCCACCACCACCACGACCAGAAUGACUACUCGUACAUCCAUGACCAGCGAGAUACCCCCACUCCUCCUUGUGUUGUGUCCUACCAAAUUUUAUCCCCUCCCUCUACGGAAUCUUCACCACCUCACACCGUAGAAUACUUGGCAACCCACGACGAUGAUGUUAUUGAUUGUUUUGAUUAUUCGUCGUCAUCAUCAGACACCCAGCAUGAUCAUAAUAGUCUCUGGCUUUCACAAUUGAAGACCAUGGCAACAACACAAGAUGAUUUUACCCAAAAAAAAACACAAGAUGAUGCUGGGUUAUUCUUCGAUCAAGCCAUUUCCCUUGUAACUCAGUUUCGGUCUUCCAAAUAUUGGCUUUCCCUCUCUCCCUCAGAUUCAAGUCUCUGGCUUUCCCAAUUGAAGUCCAUGGCAACACAAGAGGGGCUAUUCUUCGAUCGCGCCUUUUCCAUUGUAACUCAGUUUAGGGCUUCCAAAUAUAGGCUGUCCCUUUCUCCCUCUCCCUCUGAUUCAGCCAUGAAGCGUUUGGGCUCACCGCCUAAUUCGAGAAAAGGUGAGCAUCCCUUGAAGAUGCCACAACGUGAUUUUGCUAAUCCUAUCAAAGUUGUUCCAUCAAAGUCCUCUUCCCAGAAGAGGGGGUUGGGAUAUUCAUCCAAAUCUCAAAGGAAAAAUGUUUCGGUUGGUCCUCCUUUGAAAAAGCAAAAACUUUGUAAUACCAUUUUGGAUAUUGAGUCUUCGACGUGUAACAUUGGAACUGGAUCGAAUGAACUAGAAAGAGGAACUGUGUUUGUUCUGUCUGAUUCUGAACAACGGCAGAGCAGAUUUAUAGGUCUCCGUGGAGGGUUAAGAGCUGAUAUUGCCAGAACUUCUUCAGCUACAAAGAGUACGGGGAAUCUUGACAAGUCCAAAGGGCUCAGCUCGGCUGUUGAUGGUAAUAGUAAUGUUGCAGGACAACAUAAUCUUGCUGCUUCCCCACGCAAGGCAACAAUAUGUGCAGCAAAAUCAAUGGAUGUGGGUUCUAGUAAGUCACGUUUUGAGAAUCCAAUGCUGAAACAUGUUUAUGAGACUGUGAAUAUGGCCGUAUAAAUGAGCACAGCCCGGUGGAAGUAAUUGCACGGUUUCAGAUUAGCAAGGGUUCUGCUAUGCAGAGUGUACCCCUGAAAGAAUCCCAAAUUGGAGUAGAGAUAGCUAACGAAUACAAAGCUGCUGGAAAUUCAGUGGGUACCGAGAAUGAAAGGGAACUCCGAAAUCUGCUUCCACUUUGAAUUUUUGAAAGGCACUGAUGGGCGGGUUAGUUGGGAUGCAACUUGGAGGUUAUACGUACAAGUUAUUUCUUCAUUGUAGACAGGGUGAUGUAUAAACAGUAGCAAGAAAAUAAGUAUCGAGGAGAAAUGGAGGAGGGAAGAAAUCUGAACACAGGUAUUUCUGUAUUCUUCAUAUUUCAGUUUGUUAAGUCUCCUCUUCAGCUUAUGCUUCUUCUGUAACCGCAUUCAUAGAAUGUAGGGUACUCGUCAUGGAGGCAUAAAUCCUAUGCUACCUAGGCUAAGCAGACAGGCAUACAUCUGAGAAUAAUUCACUUCGAGCAGAUAUAACACCACGUAGAUGAUGUUUGGUAAGUUGUAAACCCGUUUCGCGUAUCUGGACGGUUGCUUAAAUUUGUCAAAUGGUUCUCCUGUAUUUUGAGAAGUUAUGAACCCUUCUAUGUAUAUGGUAAGACAUUUCUUCGGCUUAAGCAGCCGGAUGGUUGCAGCUCUUUUUCUUUUUAGCAUUUUCAAUUUCUUUUCCUUGCCAUCAAAUUCUCCUGCAUUGUUGGUUUAGCAUUGUAGAAGGCUCGUUUGGCUUAAUUUAUUUGAGCAUUUGGAGGAACUCAAGGUACAGGAGGAAGUUCAUGUUUCGUGAGACUGGAUAGAAAAAGUUCAAUUUUGGCCCUUGGUCCAAAAUUUUUCUGAAAUGAGAGAGAAUUGCUUGGAGAAGUUGAAAAUGCAGCCAAGAGGCCUUCGGCCCAACAACAUCAGGGUGCACCUAGGUGUUAGGAGAAAGGAGGUAAGGAGUUCAACUCCUUUUCCAAGGUACUAAUCUAACUAUUCUACCAAUACUUACUUUCGCCGAUAACAUGAGAAGAAGUUGAAAAUGCAAUAAUUAAAGAGAGCUUGAAGGUGAAGGGAGAGAGAAGUGGACAGACGAAGAGAGACCUGUUCCAAGCCUCCAAAAAGUCCAGAAGGACAGAGAAAAAGGGCAAUAGCAAAGAAUAGGCCUGAUUCCAAUGAAAUCUUUUACAGCAUCAAAGUCAGAUGGAAUCAUCUUUAGCAUGGGGACACAUCUUUUGGGAUCUCUAAUGUUUUUUUGUCAAAUAUUUUUUCAAGAGAGUUAUGGAGUUCCUAAGUUAGACCAUACAGGACAAGUGAACCCUCGAAGGCCAAUGAAAAGGGUGAUCCCUUAGCUCUUUCCUUCACGUGAUGGUGUUCAGUGGCAUUGACAUGAUUGUAUACAGUGGCAUUGCUGUAGUGCCACAAAAUUCAAUUUGAAUUGAUUGUGGCUUGAUUCUCGGUUCCUACGGUUGGCCUGUGGAUGUUUGAGUUCAAGUCGAGGGAUUACCAUGAGUAGCAUCAGACUAAAUAGUAGUACACUAGUACUUUUAAGAAUUAAGAUAGGAGAGAUUGCCUUGUUUUCGUGGACACAGAAAAAGUAAAGAAUUAAGAUAAGUUGAUGUAGUGUUUUAUACAAGCUCAUUUCUAAA